AUGGCUGACGAAGUGGUAACCGAAACGGAAACUCCCCUCUCUUCAAAACGCGCUGAACAUCGAAGUUCGGCGUCGUUUCUCAGUUCGCCAAUACCUUCCUCGAAUGAAAUUACACGAGUCCCUCUUCAUCGUAUACGAUGCGGGACACUUGACAUAAAAAACGAGGAACGGUGGCUGGAGUACGAACCGCUCUCUAAACAUUUAAGAUUCCUCCACAAAGACCGGAAACACCUGGACCACGAGCACUGCACUCUCCUAGAUUGUCGAAACAUCUCCGCGGCUGAUCUGCGAGUCAGUGCAAAGUUUGGUUACCUCGAUGCAAUGAAGGGAAUUCUUACUGUUGAAUGUCAAAAACUCAUACAAGUCGACAGUCCACACUGCGAUGCGAGAAUUGCGUCAUGUAGUUACGUUGUGGAGGUGACCUUUCACGUCAACCACACGGGGCAAGUGAGGGAUGUUCUUCGUUCAUUGCGGAACGCAAAGCAACUGGAUUCUUCUUUUGAUGGUGAAACGCCGUCACGGGAAGGAGAAAGUGAAGGAGUGGCCAUGGUUUACCGCGAGAGGAAGUUGAGGGAAGGUCUUCCUGAUUGGACACCAUAUAUUCCUCAUCGAAUCUACUCACCAGCUGUGCGCGGGUUAAUCGAAUCAGUGAUCACGCUUUAUACAAUUUUUUCCAUCUUGUGGGCGUUGUGGCAACUUCACCGGCAUGUCGACUUCAUACGAGCUCAUGUCCAGCCCAUUAUUGAUGCGUUAAAGUAUCAUGUGCAACUCAUGGACGAAUGUAUUCACUUUUUGAACGGUUUGUUUGAAGAGGUGACGGAACAGUGGCUGGCGUAUGUCAAACCAGGAUAUGUCAUACUCUCUUCCUUCGCGUCACCCCUGAUUGCUGUUGGACACGAAAUAUGGUUUGCAGUUUUAAGCUUUUCAACUGCUCUUGCAGUGAUCUUUCGACCCUUGUAUCUCUUGUUUGAGCCGCUUUUCAAACUAAUCAACAUGGUGUUUAUAAAGACUCCUUAUGCUGUCUUCCAGCCAUUUUUUUCUUUUACAUCAAAAUGCUGGUCAUUGUUUUACAACACUGUGUUGUGUCGUCUAGUUUUAACACAGAUAUCUAACAUUAAACAAAUGUUCAGUUGGUUGGUGGAAAUCCUUGAAAAGAGCAUGAAACUCGAUCCUUUCAAAGCGCAGCUAGUAUUAAUGAGAUCCACCGUCAUAAACAGCGGUAAAGCUCUGAGCCUUGGUCUGGUGUAUUUAUUCAAAGGCAUUGAACGCAGAGUUUGGUUGAUGAUUGCAAGGCCUGCUGAGGACAAGGAUGAGUAAUAAGGGGGUGGCAGUCUGUAGAACACCAUUAUUUACAGGUCUAACAUUGAAUUCCAAUAUAUAUGAAAUUAAAUUGAUGAUAUAUUUACCACUGAUGCUGAUAUCAAUUACUGAAUUACUUAAAAAUUGUUGUGUUGCAUCUCUCAUCAUUUGAGAAUUGUUAAUUGGUUUGAGAAAAUCAAUUUAUCAAAAUACAGUGGGAGUUGAAAUUAAUAGCUAGUAUAUGACAAAUGUUAAAAUUUAUCUUAGAUGAUCAAAGUUUAUAUAUUGUUUACUUUAAAGAAAAUCUUGAGAGAAUUUCAUAAGUAUACCUAGAUUUCAAGAAAAGUUCAAAUGAAAAUGAAUCUCUUCUGUGAUAGAACUUUUAGCAAAUAGUAACUAUCAGUUCAAACACAAACACUGUAUAAAUGUGAUUUAAAGUGAAAAAUUCCCUCGACAUAGCACUAGUAGGGAGAUCUCAGGCUAAAUUUAUAGAUGUUAGAUCAGAACUGACCUAAAUAUAUAUUAUGAUUAUGAAUGUCUGUACAAACAUGUAAAAAAAUAGUCACUUCCUCCAGUGGCACUAGUGUCUGCAUUAUCUACAUGGUAAAAGAAGUUAUGGUGAAAAGUCACAAUACUAUCUAAGACAUUAUUAUAGAUAAUCUAUAUGUUAUUGAUAAUUUAUACUAUGAUACCCAAUGGAAUCCAUUUCUGUUAUAUUUAUAUGGUUCUUUAAAUGGUCUGAAAUGACCCUCCAUUAAUUCAAAAUGGCCCAUCUAAUGUCCUGCACGGUAACUGGAGAAAAAAAAAAAAUUUUGGAUGUUGAUAUUUAUUACAAACAUGCAUGGUACUAUUUAUUUCUUGAAAUUGUCAGAAAACCAUUUUAAAAUUUAUUAAACAAAAUUUUAAAAUGUUGUAGAGGUCUUAUUACAAUUCUCAUAAUAUUUUCAAAUGAAGCAAUGAUAUUUGUUGGUGGAAGCUUGUGUUGAAAAUGAUUUCUAACUUCAAAGGAGAAUAAAACUAUGGUUGAUACUUGCUGUGAUUAUAAUGGGACUGGAAAAAUCAGUGAAAAUAAAUAUUGUGUAACCUGAUUAUUGUUUAGUAGAGUUUAAAGGUUUUUUCAAAUGAACACCUACCAGUAGUGGACAACUACAGUUGAAGCUGUAUUAAGCAGCCGGUAUUAAGCAUACACCCUGUAUUAGGUGUUCAGUUGUCAAAGCUCUGAAAUGAUUUCUCCUUAAACACUAUCAUUUUGACCUCUAUUCAGCCAUUGUGGUUACGCUGAAUCCCAAAGACCUGUUUGUAUUGUCAUCCACCAGAAUUGACUGGUCACUUAAAGUGGAACCACUCAAAAAAUUAAGAAAAGCUGUCAAGUAAAUUUAACCCAUGUUUAUCUCCCAAAAUCCAUGCUUGUAGUGAGUUUUCUAUAUGAACAAUCAAUCAAGGCAUAAAAUGUCAUUUUUAUCGUUUUAUAUAAUUAUCAUUUACUGAGGAAUCUGUUUUAAGCAGUCAACCUGUACUGAGUAGUCAGCCAACCAUUACCCUUGGGUGACAACUAACAGGUUCAGCUGUACUCUUCAUGGAUCAAUCAUCCAGUAAUUAAUAGAAGGAAUCUUUUGCUCUGUUUUAUUCCUAACUCUGAGUUGAGGUUGCUGCCCUUCUACAAAAUCUGUAGUCAGUUCCAGAGAUGAAAAAUACACAACCUUAAAUUUUCGUCGCAUGGCCCUUCACCUCACCCCACCCCACCCUGCUGCAUUCCUUGCUCCCACGGCUCCCGGAUUCCAGUUCCUUUCAGGUCUCUCUCCCAAACUCCUCUCGUCCUAUUCCAUCCACCAAAACCACCUCGGUCGAGAGGGACUGAGAUGGAAUAUUUAAUGACUUGCAAAAACAUAACCAAGAUUCUCGGAAAUCCAAUUCCGAAGCUGUAAAUCCCAUGAUUCUUGAGGAACAAACAGAAACAGCAGAUUUUAAGUCCCCAUUGAUUAUUAAUUUAGAAUUUCUGUUGAUGAGGCAGGUUUGAAACUUGACGAUGACGAAGUUUUCUCUCCCAAAAUUCUCACUAGUUUAUCUCCUAACAAUUGGGAAUCAUUCGGCCAAAUGUCCUAGAUAUAAUAAUUUCUUUAUAUCCUCAACCUUUGUGUUUCUGUCAACUAUGGCUUGCUAAUUCAAAAGGUCAAAUACCCUCAGUUAUUUUAGAAGUUAACAAUUAUAAGAACUUUUCACUAAUUCAAAGGAGAAAAUAUAUGCAAUUCUGCAUUUUUGCUUUCUAUCAAGGUUUCUCCAAAAAAAUCCAACAUCCAAUUUAAUAAAUCAGAUAUGCGCGGAGGUCCAAAAAUUAAGCAUUAGGGUUCUUAUUUAUAACAUAUUGAUUAUUGUAUACUGAUAUCUAGAAAUUAAGGUUGCAAGUUUUCAAGUCCAUUCAAAUUUAGAGUAACCUUGUCUUGAGUUUUAGAAAAUUGAGGAGCUCAAAAAAAUUUAUUUAUAGAGACUUUUGAAGGAAUUUUGAUUUUGAACUGUAUGUAGUUAACAACAGUACUCACCCUAGAAAAAUUUUCCCAGAAUAAAUCAUAUUACGAUUCUCUUUGUGACCGGCUCAACCGUCCGUCAAGAGUAGGGUUUACAUAAUUUACAUUCAUUUUAUUUCCAAGGUGCUUUGAGGUGUCUUGAGAGAAUACACAGCUGUCAAAGGUCUUUAACACAGGAAUUAAAUUAUUUUCAUUCAUCCGGUAAGUAAUUUUCGUUUCGAAAUCUGGAAUAAAUUUUGGAGAAGCUUGAUAGGGCCCUCAACCUUGAGAAUGGCAGAAAACCAUAAAAAGACCUUCCUCACACAUAAAAAUUCUUUCAACCAGUCUAGCUAAGCGAGCUCAUAUGACCACUCCUAAUGCCUCAUCAAAAUGUCAAUGUGUUCAAAAAGUCUUAAAUGCAGAAAAAUUAUACACCUGGCCUAAAAAUUUCUCAUAAUUAGAACUUGAGUCCUCUUACAGUGACAAUACGUUAAAGAUCGCACUUUAUUCAUCAAUUUAUUUUCACUGAGACCAUACAUUUCACAGCCCUUUUGUCCAAAGCAAGAACAAGAAGUCAAUGGAGGAAAGACAGAGCACCAGCACUUACCAAGGUAAUGGUAAUAUAUAUAUUAUGCAUGUAUGGUGAUUGUAUAUAGAAAGUCUUUGUAUGAGAUACUUGUAAACCUAUAUGUAGUUUGUUACAUUAUGCUUAAAGGGUUAAUUACAAAUCACUUGACAUUUUUUGUGUAGAGAAUGUUUUUACAACCUCAUGGGUGGAACUCAAUUACUCCAAGUAAAUACAGUCAAACCUGUUUUUAGGGGUCACCCACAGGGAAUGGCAUGGUGGCUGCCUAACCCCUAAAUCCCAAGAUUUGAUUUUUGAUUCUCCCUUCUAGCUGCUACACAAUUUCUUGUUAAUAAGUUAUGAUAAUUUGGUGUUAGAUCAAGAUGACAAUUUCAACCUGAUAGGUUUGAGUAUUCUUAUUACCUGUUUACUGAAUAUCGCUUGGAUAUAUUAAGGAGAAGUUGCAUGUUAAUCAUGUCUGUGAGUUGAAGGGUUAAUACAGGUUGAACACUAAAUACAGGUUCCACAGAAUUGGAGAAUUACAAAAAAUACCAUUUAUGCCAUAAUUGAUCACUUAAUGUACAAAAAAUAGCUCAAAAAUACUUCAAAAAUUGAUUUUGGGAGAGAAAUGUGGACCAAAUUUUACUUGAAAUAUUAUGUGUAGUUUUAUUUGUGUAGCAAGUGACCAUUUAGUACAGGUGGAAGACAAUCGAAAAAGGCUGUUGGGACUCACUCUAAGGUGACCGCGACAGCUUAAUAGAGGUGACUGCUUAAUAAAGAGGAAAUUUGGGACUUUGACAAUAGACCUCUUAAUACAGGGUGACUGCUUAAUAUGGUUCCACUUAAUACAGGUUCAACUGUAUGCUGAAGCAAAUUUUGCCCUUAAAGCAUUUUCUUUCCCUUCAGCUCAAGCCAAAUGAACCUGAGGAAACUGAACAAAGAAAAGCCUAUGGUGGCCACAAAAAGAUCAAAGCCAUACAAGUAAACCGUGGAAUCUAUGCAUGGAAUUCUCUAGGUAUCAUGUUAUAAUAACACUAUUGUUACAAGGGUAACUUAAAUAUAAAUUGAUUACACUCAUUCUAGGAAAUAAACAAUUAUUCUGUCUAGUUAAAAUGUCUCAAUAAGUUCAUAAGACCAAACCAAGCCAAAAAAAUUUCACAAAGAAGUUAGGGUGACUUUUGAUGCAUUUACUGUCAGUAGUUGUAUUGUCCACCAAAAUGAACAUUACAAAGGGGUCCCUGCACCUAAUUCAUGUUUUGCUGUAAAACAACAAUUGAAAACUCAUUGUGUAGAGCCUCACAUCUUCAAAUUGUUAUAAUUUACAUUAAACCCUUUCACAUUCAGGAAUUUCUCCCCUCUCCCCCCCCCCCCCCCUCCCCCCCCAACCCCCUUGCACUUUUUAUUUUUUUGGCUGAAUUGCUCAGCUCCUUAAAGUGCAUUUUGUUUUGUUUAUCUUUGUAGAUGUAGAGUUUGAAUGUCGUAUCAUAAGUGUGGUUCAUAACACAGCUCAUAAAGACUUCAACCAAGAAGGUGUGAUGGUCAAAGGGACCAUUGUUGAAGUGGACCCAAGUCCUUUUAAAACCUGGUAAACUGUUAAUGUUGUGUUUUGAUUAGUAUUCAUGAUCUCCACACUGCUCUCUUUACAUUUCCUAUGGUACUGACACAGAGAAUUUAUGUGGCAAUCAAGAGCUUCUCUCGUCAGUGAUCAUUUCCUAUAUUCUCUUCCAUUUUGUGAACAUGCUAGCUUUUGGAAAAUUGACUAUUACUUCAAAGAGAAAUUACAUUUAAAUCAUUUUCUGAGAUUUUUUGUCUUUUUUUGUCUACUGUUAAUUCCAGGUACAUAACCCAUUACCAAAAAGAAGACUCUUCACAAGAGGUUGGUAGUGUUUAAUUUGAAUUGAUGAUAGUCAGUAGACUAACAGUAUGUUGGUAAGAUUCCUUUGUGGCUUUAGAAUUUUUGUAAUAAGCUCUGAUAAUUUGGUUUUUAUUACCAGUAAUCAAUAUCCUCUAUUUUUUUAAUAUUUUUUGUUUCCUCAUAUCACCUUUCUGGAAGGGAAAAUGUCUCAAACAUCUGGAUUAUUCUUGUUCUCAUUCAGUUUCAAGUGUGAUUUUCUUAUUUCCACAGGCUAAUUCUUCACUUGAACAUCUCAUGCCAUACCCGAACAAGGGAAAACUUUAUGGUGAGCCCACAAAAGAUUUGGUUUCUGAGACUUGUUGGUCUUGAAAGAGUUUGUUUUUUUGUUCACCACCAUGAUCUUGGGUCAGGUUGGCCUGCAUAUAGCCACCGUCUCAUUGGAGGAGAGGGGUAACUGUACACAGUCUCAAAGAGGGUGUGGUUAUCAGGGGAACGACAAGAGCGUAUCGACGUAUCGCUCCGUGUGUACCUAGGUUUUCGAGGUUUUCAAAUUUCUGACUUUAGUUAUCAUAAAAACUUAUUUAGAUUAUAGAUUACGUAUUUUAGAGGCCAGCUGGCAGGUCUGAAUACAGGUGUGGAAAAAUAGUACGUUUUGGUCUGAAAUUGGGCCAAGAUUUAGAGCACCGGUGGACAAAACCGGCCAUUUUCCCUCACCUUUUUUUCCCUUAUUCACUGUCACUGGUUGGAAAGAGGCGUUAUGACUCAGCUUUGCCUAAGAAAAUAUUUGAAUAACCACAGAACAUCCGCCCUGACUAGAAAUCGACUAACAGCCCUUGGGUCUCCAAGGGUGCUCUAUGUCAGGCACGACUUUUAACUGCCUGCCACUAUCUUGAAUCGAUCUUAUGUGAAAGUACUUUCCAGAGAGUAAAGCAGAAAUUCAUUGGAAAUGAACCCAAGAGAGUGUCUGAUAUUUUGUUUGUAUUGCAGCUAAAAUAACAUCACGGCCAGGUCAAAUUGGAUUUUGUAAUGGGUACAUCCUUGAGGGAGAUGAGUUGGAGACUUUGUUCAGCACGCGUGAAGACUUAAGGCCGUCAUCGGACAAAAGCGCGCAAGGACGAUGAUCAUACCAUGGAUUAUCCCGUCAUCCAUGGGAAAAACUUCUAAAUUUUGUGCAAUCCUUCCUCCCAAUCUUUUGGUCCUUCAGCCUUCAUUUGAUAGCGGGUGCAGGGGAAGGAAUUGUUGUUAACGCUUUACAGACUGUAAAUAGUUAAUAAAGGUGGGAAACAUAAACUCGGGCUUAGUCCCUCGAUUUCUGCAUGCGAGCAGCGCGAGUGCGUGAGAGGUCCGCGAGGGUUUUCGUUUUUGAUGACAGACCCUCUCAGACCCUCAGUACGCUCCCCUCCCUUGCUAGCUGGAUUCCUGCGCGCUU